CUCCUCAUGUCUGAUGACGGCACGUACGUGCGCUACAAUUGCGUCGUGACGUCCUUCCUUCCUCCUUUCCUCUGCUACCGGCGAGAAUGAAGACCAUUCUCAGCAGUCAGACGGUCGAAAUCCCCGACAAUGUCGAGGUGAGGUUGAAGGGGCGGACAGUGACAGUCAAGGGGCCCCGUGGCAAACUCGUCAGGGAGUUCAACCACAUCAACCUGGAGCUCAGUCUGCUGGGCAAGAAACAGAAGAAACUUCGUGUGGAUAAAUGGUGGGGAAACAGGAAGGAGCUGGCCACAGUCCGCACCAUCUGCAGCCACGUCCAGAACAUGAUCAAGGGGGUCACUUUGGGUUUCCGGUACAAAAUGCGUUCCGUGUACGCCCAUUUCCCCAUUAACGUCGUCAUUCAGGAGAGUGGAACUCUGGUGGAGAUCAGGAACUUCCUGGGAGAGAAGUACAUCCGCCGUGUCCGAAUGAGGGCUGGUGUGAACUGUGCAGUCUCAGCUGCCCAGAAGGACGAGCUGGUGCUGGAGGGAAACGACAUUGAGCUGGUGUCAAACUCGGCUGCUCUGAUCCAACAGGCCACCACAGUCAAAAAUAAGGAUAUCAGAAAGUUCUUGGACGGUAUUUACGUGUCUGAGAAGGGAACAGUAGUGGAUUUGCCUCAGUAAAAGUUACAUCUGCAGUCGUCGAGCGGCUUUGAUCCAACAGGCCACCACGGUCAGAAAUAAGGACAUCAGGAAAUUCCUGGACGGCAUCUAUGUCAGUGAGAAGACAACUGUAGUGCAGCAAGAGGCAGAAUAAUUGUUCCUUAUGUCCGGUUAUGACCAAUAAAUACCAACUUUUCCAAUCAA